UAGUUGCUUCGUGAGCAAUGUUUUUCUUAUUACACUCUAAAGCACUUUUAAAAGAGUUGUCGGGUCAGAGCAAUAUCACGAGGCAAAGACCAUUCAUACACAAAGACUCCAAAUUUGCCCACGUUUUUUUUUUUCAAUACAACCAAUCACAUCGCUUGCUUUUAACUUCCACCCUCUAUCUUUCUUUUGAUUCAUCAUCCAUCUUUCAGAAUCUACCAAAAAAAAAAAAAGACAAACUUUUUGUCGGAAAAAACACAGAACCGGAUUCGUCUUUUUUCAAUUCCUAAAGAAUCAUGCCUGAGAAGAACAUAGUCGAGGAAGCCAUCGGCGACUUGGUGGAUAACUUCACGGACGCAGUUCAGAAGAACAAACACGAUACCGUCGCUUCUCGUUUCAACCGUUUGUUUGGUCGGGAGAAGCCAAUUCACCACGUCUUAGGCGGUGGCAGAUCUGCUGAUGUGUUGUUGUGGAGGAACAAGAAGAUCUCCGCGAGUUUUCUGAUGGGAGCUACUGCAAUUUGGGUGCUUUUCGAGUGGAUCAACUUGCACUUCCUGUCUCUCGUUUGUUACGGUCUCUUGCUUGGUAUGAUCGCCCAAUUCGUUUGGUGCAAUGCCUCAGGGUUCCUUAACCGAUCACAGUCUAGAGUGCCUCGCCUUGUUCUCCCAAAAGAUUUCUUUGCUGAUGUUGGUGUGACCAUUGGCACAGAGGUUAACCGCGGUUUGUUGUUUCUUCAGGACUUGUCUUGUAGAGGGAACUUGAAACAGUUCCUCAUGGCUGUGUUUGGACUAUGGAUAACCGCAAUAAUAGGGAGCUGUUGCAACUUCCUAACUGUUCUGUACAUUGGGUUUGUGGGAGCUCACACAAUGCCUGUAGUGUAUGAGAGAUAUGAAGACGAAGUGGAUGGUUUUGUGGAUUCUCUGUUGAUGAAGUUUCAUAGUCACUACAAGAAGAUUGAUUCUGGUUUUCUCAGUCGAAUCCCUAGUGGAAAGUUUGGGAUGAAGAAGCAUGACUAGAUCAACUAUUAUCUCUCUGUCUUGAUGUUUUGUGUAUAUGACUAAAUCAACUUCUUGUCUUUCUUUCAUAGUCAUGUUAAUGUUCAGACAAUGAAAAAAAAACUGACCAUCAAACAAGAAGAUGAGAUAACAUGUUUAUGUAUGGGAUGGGAUCCACCAUAGUAACAAAUUGUACA